AUGGUCAACGUUACUACUGAAAGAGUUGGUGUGGAUAAUACUACUGGUGAUGCUAUUUCUCAGGGUACAAAUUAUUACCUUUCUUGGAGAAAUAAUUAUUCUCGACCAUGCAUAAACUUGGAAGAUGGAACUCCAGAAAUCUCUUCAAUUCCAAGAUAUUUUAAUACUAAUUGGGCAGAAAAGUUCAUUAAAACUAAUAAUGAGUUUUGUAACAUUAGUAACGAGGAUAAUGAUAAUAAUGACAAAAGCAGUUUUGAGAUGAAUAAUUUUAAAACUACCUCAAAGCUACUAGACAAUUCUAAAUUAGCUGAUAGUUCUUCUCCCAUAUCAUAUACUCAGAAUUAUACCAAUGGUUAUUUGAAAUCUAAUAAUAAUAGUAAUAAUAAUAAUAAUAAUAAUAAUAAUAAUAAUAAUAAUAAUAGUAAUGAUGAUAAACGUCCAGAAUUGAACACGUAUAAUAGUAACACUAAGAAUAACACUCACUAUAAAAAUUACCAUAACACUGGACAUGAAGAACAAAAUGAUAAUCCUAAUGGAGCAAGAAUUGCAUACAAUAACUAUCAAAGUAGAAGCUCAAGAGGUGUAGGAAAUACAAAUGUUAACCACAAUACUGGUAGCAACACCGGCAGCAGCAGUAGUAGCAGUAAUAACAAUAAUGAUUAUCAUAGUACUAGCGGGAGUAGUAUCGAUGAUAGUAGCAGGAAUAGUUAUGGUGAUAGUAAUACAAAUAAUUAUUAUUAUAGUAGUAGGAAUAACAAUUAUGAUUAUAGUAAUAGAGGUAGUAAUGGGACUAGACAAAGAGGCACUUAUGGUGAAAGAAAUAGGAACUAUUAUAGUUCACAACGGUUUCAACUUGAUUAUAACAAUAGCAUUCAAACCAAAUAUAAAUGUGAAAAUAGAGGCAAAUGGGAAGAUAAUAAACAUAUUCCAGCUAAAAAAAAUUUAAAAGUGGAAAAAUAUUUAUUCGGUUCCAUUGAUGAUUUAAAUUUAGUCACAACAGGAAUUAAUUUUGAUCACUAUGAUAAUAUCCCAAUUGAUAUAUCAGGGAAUAAUGUUCCUGAACCAAUCACCCAAUUUACAUCUCCUCCAUUAGAUAAUUUAUUAGUAGAAAAUAUUAAAUUAGCAAGAUUUAAUAAACCCACCCCAAUUCAAAAAUAUUCGAUUCCAAUUGUUAAUCAAGGUAGAGAUUUGAUGGCAUGUGCUCAAACUGGUUCAGGGAAAACAGAUGCGUUUUUAUUCCCGAUCUUAUCAAAAGCUUUUUCAUUAGGUCCUUCCAUAAAUAAUAAUAAUGAUAAUGAUAAUGACGCAAAUCAAUAUAAUAAAAUAUCAAAGUAUCGUGCAAAAAACAUUAAGCCUAUAAUCCUUAUUUUAGCUCCAACAAGAGAAUUAGCGAAUCAGAUUUUUGAAGAGGCAAGAAAAUUUUCUUAUAGAUCUUGGAUUAGACCAUGUGUUGUUUAUGGUGGUACAAACAUCUUCACUCAAAUGAAAAAUUUAGAAAACGGCAGUCAAUUAUUGGUGGCUACUCCAGGUAGAUUAAAUGAUUUAAUGGAAAGAGGAAAAAUUUCUUUAUCCAAUAUUAAAUAUUUAAUCCUUGAUGAAGCAGAUAGAAUGUUGGAUAUGGGAUUUGAAUUACAAAUUAGACAAAUCGUGGAACAUUAUGAUAUGCCAAUCGCCACAUCGAGACAAACUUUAAUGUUUUCUGCUACUUUCCCAUCAAAUAUACAAAACUUAGCAGGAGAUUUUUUAAAUGACUAUAUUUUCUUAUCAGUCGGCAAAAUAGGUUCCACUACUGAUAAUAUUAUUCAACAUAUUUAUUAUGUUAGACAAGAAGAAAAAGAUAAUACUCUACUGGAUCUUUUGGAUUCCAAAAAUUAUAAAAAAAAGCAAACUUUGAUAUUUGUCGAAACUAAAAGAUCUGCUGAUGCAUUGACAGAUUUGUUGAUAAUUGAAGGUUAUAAAGCCACUGCUAUUCAUGGCGAUCGUACGCAACUUGAACGCGAACGUGCCUUAACCGCAUUUAAAACAAAAAGGGCAAACGUUUUAGUUGCAACUUCUGUAGCUGCAAGAGGUUUAGAUAUUCCAAAUGUGGCACACGUUUUAAAUUAUGAUUUACCAAAUAAUAUCGAUGAUUAUGUACAUAGAAUUGGUAGAACAGGUCGUGUAGGUAACAUUGGUAUGGCGACUUCUUUCUUCAAUGAGAAUAAUGCUUUAAUUGCGAAAAGAUUGGUUGGAUUAUUAAGGGAAACAAAUCAACAAGUACCAAAAUUUUUAAAUGAUAUCCCAAGAAAUAAUUCUCAUAAUAAUAAUUCUUACACUAAUAAUUCUCAUAAUAGCAGAAAGAUGAAAAAUAGUUUCAGAAGUUAUAGACAACAAGGUAGAAAUUCUAAGAAUCAUUCAAAAAAUUCUCAUGAAGGUUUUUAUUCUCAGAGAACAUUGGGAGGGAGAAGAACAGAAAGAGAAAGAGAUACAACUAGAAACAUUAAUCCUAAAAUAUAUUCUGUUAGGCCACCUCAUAAUAGAAAAAAAAAAUGGGGUUCUCAAUGGGGUGAUUCCAUCAUCUCAGUAGAUAAUCAAUCUGAUGAGCAACAAGUUUGGUGGUGA